AUGGCAGAAGAAACCUUUGGAGAUGAUUCACAACAAAGACAUCUAGACCGCUUAAAAGAUCAAGUUCGGUUGGUUAAAAGGAAAAACUGUGAACGCUAUGAGGUUGCUCCAAUCAAAGACAAACUAUCGUUUGAGAAUGGGUUUUAUAUGGUACUCCAUGCAUGCCAGAUGUUGGUCCAGAAAAAUGAUGGAAUGAUAUUAGUAGGGGUGGGAGGUCCUUCGGGGGCUGGAAAGACUGUUUUGGCUGAUAAGAUAUUCAACUCCAUGCCUGAUAUUGCUGUUAUUUCAAUGGACAAUUACAAUGAUUCUAGUCGAAUUGUCGAUGGAAACUUUGAUGAUCCACGUUUAACAGACUAUGAAACGUUGCUCCGAAAUGUAUGUGAUUUAAAGGCAGGAAAGCCAGUUGAAGUUCCUGUGUAUGAUUUCAAAUCCAGUUCACGUACGGGAUACAGGACAGUCAAAGUCCCGAGCUCUCGUAUUGUGAUUAUAGAGGGCAUUUAUGCUUUGAGUGAGAGGUUAAGGCCUCUACUGGACCUUCGAGUAUCUGUAACAGGAGGCAUUCAUCUUGACCUGAUCAAACGAGUUAUACGUGAUAUACAACGUGCUGGUCAAGAACCUCAAGAAAUCAUUCAUCAAAUAUCUGAGACGGUAUUUCCAAUGUACAAGGCUUAUAUUGAGCCAGAUCUCCAAACAGCACAUAUAAAAAUAACCAACAAGUUUAAUCCAUUUUUUGGAUUCCAAAGCCCUACUUACAUACUAAAGUCAACCAGGAAUGUAUCGGUGGAUCAAAUUAAAGCUGUUCUCUCUCAAGAUUUGGAGGAAACAACUGAGCAGACUUAUGACAUAUAUCUUCUACCACCCGGUGAAGAUCCAGAGAGCUGUCAAUCAUAUUUACGGAUGCGAAAUAAAGAUGGGAAUUACAGUCUCAUGUUUGAGGAAUGGGUGACCGAUGAUCCAUUUGUCAUAUCACCAAGAAUUACUUUUGCAGUCAGUGUGCGUCUUCUUGGUGGACUUAUGGCCCUUGGAUAUACAAUAGCAACUAUCCUUAAAAGAAGCAGCCAUAUCUUAUCUGAUGAUGGGGUUUGUGUUAAACUAGAUUGGCUUGAGCAACUAAAUCGACAUUAUGUUCAGGUACAGGGAACAGAUCGAUUAGUUGUAUCAUACAUAGCACAACAAAUUGGUUUGGAAGGUUCAUACAUUCCCCGUACUUAUAUUGAGCAGAUUCAACUUGAAAAGCUUGUAAUGGCCAUGCCAGAUGGUUUAAUAAGGAGAAAGCUCAACCUUACUGAGGAUUUGGUGUCAAGCCCCAAAGCAGCACAUUUUAGAACCUCUAGUGAUGGGGCUUCCAUGAGACAUAAGCGUUUCAGAAGUGAUAUGUCACAGUCAUUCACAAAUCAAGAGGAUGAGAAUCAAGCCAAAGUAACUGGAUUCAUGCCGAACAAUCAAGGACUUCAUGAAAAAAAUAGUUCGGAUUCCGAAACGAAACUGGAAAACCAGGGUGCCAUCAGUCAACUUUCAGAACAAAUUGCAUGCCUGCAUGAUAGAAUGGGCGAAUUUGCAUAUCGUAUUGAAGAGCUGAACUCGAAGUUAACCUCAAAGGAAAAUUGUCCAAACCAACAAAAUAUGGUCCUACAAUCUGAGUCAUGUGAUGGCUCUGCUCCUACCUCUUACUUCAUCACUUGUUUGAGUAAUGGUUCCCUAACUGGAUCUAUAAUGCCAAAUUCCUCAUUCCCAUCACAAUUUUCUAAGGACACACCUUUAAGAGAUGAGAUAUCAGGUAUCGCACAGGUUCAACGCCAGAUAAUGAAUCAGUUGGACAACUUGAAUAAUAUUUUCUGUAGGAAUUUGGAAGAGAAGCCUCAUCAUACAAGAACCAACUGGAAAAGUUCUUCUUCUUCUUCAGAGUCCGGUGGACGACAUAUAAUAGCAGCAGUGGCUAUUGGUUGUUUGAGCAUCUUCGUAAUGAAGGGUUUGUUAUCCUGA